AUGGUUCUGCUGAGGCACGGUUUGUUGGGCCGCGGUGGCUUUGGAGCGGUGGAACUGGUUGAAGACACCAGGACGGGCAACACAUUCGCCCUGAAAGCCCUCAGCAAAGGAGACGUUGUCGCAAAUCGCAUGCAAUCAAGAGUGAUCAACGAGAAGAACUUGCAGCUGAUGUGCGAUUCCCCUUUCAUCGUCAAACUCCACAAAACGUACACUUCGCCGCAGCAUGUGUACUUCCUUUUGGAGCUUGCGCUGGGGGGCCAGCUCUACGCCACCUACAACUAUUGUGACCUGUGGCGCGACGAGGCCUGUGGCAAGUUCUACGUAGCUGGGGCCGCCCUGGCCCUGGAACAUUUGCACGGGAAGCAGAUUAUCUUCCGAGAUCUCAAACCGGAGAACUUGGUACUCACCGCAGAAGGCAGGGCAAAACUGGUGGAUUUUGGAUGUGCGAAACGGCUACUUGCCGGCAAGGCGUACUCGACCUUCGGCACGCCGGACUACUGUGCGCCCGAGCUCGUUGACGGAAGCGGGCAUACGCAUGCCGUUGACUGGUGGGCACUGGGUAUCCUCGCCUUCGAGCUGAUGUCAGGACAGGCGCCAUUCGCAUCCGACACAGUUCUGGAGACUUAUGCGAAGGUCAUGAGUGGAAUCGAC